AUGCGGAUUUCCGAACCUUUCGACGAAGACGAGGUGCGGCAAACAGGCGAACUUAUAAUAAGUUGGGAAGACGCGAGGGGUCGUACGAUCACGGAUUCUAAGCGCGUUCCGCAUCCACCGCUAUUGAACGAGCUCUCAAACCUUCCUUUUAGAUAUCAAAUGGAGCAAUGGACCGCACGCCGUCGCCGUGAUGAGCAUAACCCGCAAAUAUGCGUCGGCGGCCAUUUUAAACGGGCGACGGACACGUUUGUCGGCACGAGAUGGCCGUCAGAGGUGCCAAAGCAUACAGCCCAGCGCAACCACGCGUACUCACCCCUCCUCGAUACUAUGAAAUGUGGAAGCACGGCAAGUGGAGACAGAAAUCACCACCAAGGACAAACUCAGCCAUUAGAGUCCCGAGAUAGAGAUUGUACAGUGAACAUUUAG